AUGUCAACCUCUUCCACACAAAGCAAACUCUUCCUCGUAGAAGAAGAAGAAUAUUUAAAGAAAUCGUCGUCCUCUCCCGUGGAAGCUCCUGAAGAGUGGCAAAGUGAGCCUUCUUCUUCAACAACAACUACUACGAAUGUUCAACAACAAGAAUCAAAACCACAACACAUUUCCUCACUCUAUCUUUUCAAUUAUUCAAAUACACCCUUCUACAUUUCCAUCUUUUAUAAAGAAAAUGAAGGUCAUGAUUAUGAACAACAAUACGAUGAAAUUCUACCUUUUCAUCCAUUCACAUGGUUUCAUAUUGAAGAAAGAUUUCACAAAUCCAAUCCCAUGCACAUCUUGGGUAUUAAUUUAGUUGAUUUUAAUAAUUCUGUUUCAAGUCAAACCUUUAUGGUUGAAGAAUUGAGAAUGCAUUCAGAACAUUUUUGGAAUGGUGAUGUGUCCUUCUUGACCAAUACAACAAGUUCAAGUUCUCAUCGUGAAGAAGAUUUGAAACAACACAUUCCACCUGAAAAGGAUGAUUUGAUUUUUGUUGUGACGAAACAUGUUGGAGAGAAGAUUAAAAUGUUUUAUUGUCCAUAUCAUGUAUGA